AUGUCUCGAAACAACAUUCGUGAUGAGGAUUACCUUGAUGAGGAUUACCUUGAUGAGGAGAGCUCUGAAGACGAGGACAUCUCUCUCAUCGAGAUGAAUGCCCUUCAUGCCGCCACUCAGAAUAGCCUCAAGAGCUUUGCGCAGGAGCGUGAGGAGGCCUGCGCUGCCGCGGCCGCUGCCACCGCUGCCACCGCCGCGGGAGUCGGACCUGCAUUCACCUCCACCAAGGUGGCCGAGGACGAUCGCAAACGCGAGGAGGAGCUGUAUGGACCGCCCAGCCCUCCCCGCCAGCCUUGUGGUGUCACUCCCCCGAACCCCGCGGCCAAGGCCUUCACCCAGGGAGCUGCCAACACCAGCAGCACCACCAGCAAGGCUGACGACUCUUGGGAGCCUGCAUCCAACGUUGUAGACUCUAGAUUCACCGCUGUCAAGCGCGGUGCUCAGAAGGCCACAGCCUCUGGUCACGCGACCCGCAGCCAGAUGCCUUCCGAGUCGUCAAUUGCCGACCUCGAGUGGGAGAUCUUCGGCCAGCCCUCCCAGAACGAAUCGACCCAUACCGCCGAGUCCCCCACCACCGAGCAGUUCGCGGCCUCCCAGCUGGGCACCUCUGCAGAUGCGGCCGUUGGCCAGCAUGUCUCGGACACUGCCAGCAACAACCUGCCCGCCGUUGUGGGCAGCAUUGCUCGUCUCGACACGCCCUCUUCCCAUGUCGACGCUUCAGCUGCUGCUACCUCCACUGCGGCCAGCGAUGCCAACGAGUUCCGCCGCCGUGGUCAGCUCUACGACGACGCGACAGAUCGCGCCCGCGCCGCCCGUCUCGCCGCAAUCGAGCAAGCGCUCAACCGCGGAUCUGCCUAUCAUGAGGCUGUCUUGGAGGGUCGUCAUUCCGGAGGCGCCUUCGUCAGCGUUGCUGAGGCCACUGGUCCCCAGGCUGCCCAUGUCGAGAGCGGGCCUGCCAGCGCACCUCUUCAGGAAGCCGGUCGCCCCGUCCCUGUUGGUGGGCCUGAUUGGUUCCUGGACGGCUCUCCCGCCAGCCCUCGGCACGGUGAUGAGCAGGUGCAGUCUCCUCGUCAGCACGCUCGGCCUCGUUACGGCAACUUCGACUUCGGUGCGGACGGCAAGCCCCGUGCUUGA